UCUCAAACACCAUUUAGAUGUAAAUAUGAGGUUAAAUAUCAGGCAGACCUGAAUCACAACUGAAUUGUAAACAGAAACUUGCGUGACUGGUUUAAGAAGCCGGCAAAAUACGGUCACUCCGACAGUCGACGAGAUGGCUUUACAACCUAAACUCCUGCGCAUAGUGUUCAGAGGACAACAAUUUAGGCAGCUUCAUGAGUUCAAUGUGAAAGAAAGGGCAGGGGUGACUAAACUCCGAGAGGUCCUUGAAGAUAGACUCCAAGAAAUAAAGAGAGCUAAGACGUGGAAACAUGAGAGAAUAUUGACGUCACCUCAGGACACGAAGGUUAAGGUGCAGGGAGCGGAGGGGGAGUUUUUGAAUUUCUGUGCUAAUAACUAUCUCGGUUUGUCUAAUCAUCCAGAGGUUGUGGAGGCAGCGCGAGAAGCCUUAAGUAAAUACGGCGCAGGUCUCAGUUCGGUACGAUUUAUUUGUGGAACUCAAACUAUUCAUAAGGAAUUGGAGAGACGUCUGGCUAAAUUCCAUGGAAGAGAGGACGCAAUACUCUAUAUAUCCUGCUUCGAUGCCAACGCCGGUCUGUUUGAGACGAUGCUCACUCCUGAAGAUGCUGUGUUCUCUGACGCUUUGAACCACGCCUCCAUCAUCGACGGAAUCAGAUUGUGCAAGGCCCAAAAGUUUAGAUAUCCGCACAGAGAUCUUAAAGAAUUGGAACACCUUCUAGCUCAUAGCGAAGCAAGACUUAAACUGAUAGUGACUGAUGGAGUGUUCUCUAUGGACGGUACGGUCGCCCCCAUAAAGGGUCUACGAGAUUUGGCUGAUAAGUACAGAGCCUUGCUUGCUAUAGACGAUAGUCAUGCUACCGGAUUUUUUGGAGAAACUGGCAGAGGCACCGAAGAGUACUGCGGCGUGUUGGGUGCGGCCGACAUUAUCUGCUCCACGCUGGGUAAGGCGGUCAGCGGAGCCGCCGGGGGCUACACCACCGGGCCCAAGGAACUCAUCACCUUACUCAGAAACGUCUCUAGACCUUACCUGUUCUCAAAUUCACCGCCGCCGCCCGUGGUCGCUGCUUCAAUGAAGUCCCUAGAAUUAGUGGAGAACAGCUCGGAUCUCCGGCGGCGUCUCCGCGAGAACACGCGCCAGUUCCGCGAGGGUCUGAAGUCUGUGGGCCUGGCGGUAGCCGGGGACGAGCAUCCGAUCUGCCCGGUAAUGGUGGGAGACGCUGCUUUGGCUGUGGACCUAGCUGCUGGGAUGUUAGAGCGCGGCAUAUACGUAGUAGCGUUCAGUUACCCCGUGGUGCCGCGAGGCGGCGCCCGCGUCCGCGUACAACUAUCAGCGGCUCACACGCGUGAUGACGUCACACGAGCCAUUGACGCUUUCAAACACGUCGCUCAAAACAUCGGCAUCAUUAACAAAUGAAUAUAUCUAUUAUAUUAUUAAUGUUAUCUUUACUAUUAAAUCAGAAAACUUUAGAUUUUUUUUUUUAAUAUUUUUAUGAUUACGUUACAGACUAAAAAUUGUUUUAUUGCCACCAUGUCACAGGUAUGUCAUGAAUAUACACAUUUUUAUAUUUAUAUUUAUAUCCGUUUGUAAAUACAUUAUAAAUAAAUGAAUUUUAAAUAGCGACACCUUUCCCUUCGUUGUCAUUCUAAUGUACCCUUGUCAGAUAUAAAAUGAAACAAAACUCGUGUAAUAAUAUUUAAUUUAUUAACAAUAAUUUAUUACAAUAACAACACUCACACUUAUCGGCAUCCUGGCAACACACAGCGUGUACGUAAACCUCUCUACAUUCACAUUAAAAAAUAAAAUUUUUAUAUUCUACAAAAUAAUAAUAAAUUAUUUACAUUAAUCAAGGACUCGCUUCCACUUAUUGCGUUAAGGCGGUCGCACGCUCCACGUGUUUAAAACCGCUGUAAAAUUUUAAUUAAUAUUUUUAUAUAAUAUUAUUUGUUUUGUUAUAUUCGCGCCAACGUUAAAUUUAAUACACACGAGUGCUGAACGAACGGUGAAAUUAAAGUGAUUUCAUAAUACAAAAGUAAACAUGGUUCGUAAGUUGUAACCCGAUUUCUUAAGUCUUGAGAUCUCUGUCGCUGAACUUAUCCUUCAACUUUACACAAUCGCCUUAAUAGAAAUCUCUAUAUAACGUCCGUGUCAAUAUA